AUGGCGAAGGCAACUGAAGAACUUUUGAGUAUGAUCACAAAGGAGACCAAAACUUUAUUGGCAGAAAUUCAUCAAGACAUUCAGGAGACGAAAGCAUUGACUGAUGAUGAUCGUACGAAAUGCAUGAAGAUUUGCCAGCAAGUGGAAAAUGAACACAAACGACUGAAAAUCCAAUUUCUUAAUCAAUCAAUAUCAUUGAUCGGUCAAGCACUGGAAACAUCGGAUCCACAAAAAAUCCUCCAAAUUCGUCAAGCAUGGGCAUUGGCAUUGGAAAAUCUUGUACGUCAAUGUAGAACUAUUGCUUGUCCAUUGUUGGAGUUAUUAGGAGUCUUAUCUCGGCAAGACGCAAAACUUGGGAAGAAAUAUGCAGGUCUCCUCACGGGCGCAGUUUUGAGUUCUUGUUUGUGCGGUGCAGCCAUCGUAGUAUUAAUUGCUCAUUAUCAUCCCGGUUGUUGUUUCCAGCUAGCAGCCGAGGCUGUACUUGUAGUUGCAGGUGGAGCAUUGUUAGCCAUAGCAGUUGCUGUUGGCUGUAUCACAGGCUGUGUAACGGUGGCAAGACUACGCACAGUCUAUAGCAAAUGUUCGGAUUCCGUUCGAUUGAUGUUGGUUAGUUGUUUUCCAUGCUGCUUUGAUGGCUCAACUAAAGAUCCAAAUGAAGCAGAGUUGGCAAGUAUCAUCGAAAAAGCGAUUAACACUCUCAAUAUCAAGGAGGAUACAUGGUUCAACCGUCCAGCGCUAGAAAUGUUGAAAGGAUCCGCCGAAACCGAACGUGAUCAUUUGACAAAUUCAUGA